AUGGCUAAACGCACAAAGAAGGUUGGGAUUGUGGGUAAAUAUGGUACUCGUUACGGUGCUUCGUUAAGAAAACAAAUCAAAAAGAUGGAAAUUACUCAACAUGCAAAAUACACUUGUGCAUUUUGCGGAAAGGAAACUGUUAAAAGAAAAGCUGUAGGAAUUUGGGAAUGCCGAGCAUGUAAAAAAGUUUUGGCGGGUGGGGCUUGGACGGUUGGAACAACCACUGCUGCCACUGUUCGAUCCACAGUACGUCGUCUACGUAUUUUUGACUCACUGUCAAAUAGUGUGAUAGUAUGUGAUAAACGUGAUAUAGAAAAGUUAUGGAAACAAGGUUUUUUUGGUAAAGGAAAUUUAUCGAGAAGCGAACCUACUUGGAAUAAUAAAAUUCUUGGUGAAGAUAAAGAUGUUUCCAUGAGUACAUCAAAGAAUAAUGUCAUUGAUAUUCCUCCUGAUAUUACUUCAAAUACUGUAGAGAAUUCAAAAGAAACAAUUGGUAUAGAUAAAAAGAGUAAUGAAAAUAAAUGGAUCAUUAGUAUAGAAGAAAGUAAUAAAUGUGAUGAAUGUGAUAAUGCAAUUAAAGAUAAUAAAUGUGAUAAUCCAAGUGAAGAUUAUAUUUCAAAUAACAAUGAAAUAAAAUUAAAACGAGAAGAGAAAGGGGAAGAGGAGGAUGAACGGAUAAUGAUCAAAGAUGAACAUUUGAAAUUGACAACUGAAGAAGCAUUCUUUUUAGGUUUUGGAAUUGGAACUUUGGAUAUCUAUGAUUCUAAUAAUAAUUUAAUGAGUAUUCAAGAAUGUUGGGAUGAAUUUCGAAUCUCAUCAAUCUCUCUCUCUCGUUCACCAUUAUUAUCACAAAUUAAUAUUCCAGUCACCAACAAUUUUCAUCAACAAAAAAAAAUGUCAAUUAAUAAUUCGGACAAUCCUUUUAUUAUUAAAUAUAUAGCAUAUCAUCAUUUUCGCAGUUUAGGAUGGGUCGUUAAAAGUGGAAUUAAAUUUGGUGUCGAUUAUGUCUCUUCGUGGCAAUUAUUGAUGAAUUUGAGUAGAGUUUGUGUUCAGAUUAAAAAGUCAUUGAUCCUUUGUUACGUGAUUAUUCCAUAUUUGAAUAGUCCUAGAAGUGAAGAAGAAGAAGAGAAUACAACUGAAAAUAUUAGUAGAGGAAAUACCUCCAUCAGAAAUGUUAAUCUUGAUACAGUUAAUGGUGUUAAUGACAAUGAUAUCUUAAAAUCACAUAAUUUAUUAAACAAUCCAAUAGAAUGUCUAAGAAAUUACAAAAUCAAAGAAAUAUUGAGAUCUGCUUUACGAAAUUUGAAAAUGAGAAAUAAGAACGCGGAUUUGGUUUUUCCUUCUCAUAAGCCAAUACCUGAUAAAUCAGUUGGUGCAUCAAAACAAUCUGGAACAAAUGCACCCGUUAAGUUAGUGAUUAAACCUCUUAAAGUUAAACCAAUGUUACCAGUAAAUUUUGAAGAAGAAAUGUGGCAAAAGCUUAAGUCUGCUAUUAUCGCUAUUCAUAAUCAUCGACCUGUCAAAGAAAGUUACGAAGAGCUUUACAAAGCAUGUGGAAACCUUUGUUUGCAUAAUAUGGCACCAUCACUUUAUUCCAAGUUAGUUAACGAAUGUGAAAAACAUUAUAUAGCGGAAAAGAGAAGACUUGAUGACAAUCCUGCUACCCAAGAAGCAUUUCUUUUCGAGAUUAAUAGAUGUUGGGAACUUCAUUGUCAACAAAUGGAAAAAAUUCGAAGUAUUUUUUUAUAUCUUGAUCGAACGUAUGUACUUCAUACACCAGGAAUUGCUUCAAUAUGGGAUAUGGGAAUAGAACUAUUUCGAAAACAUAUUUUGCCUCCAAGUGCUGUAAGACAAAAAACUUUAUGGGGCUUACUUUCUCUUAUUAAAUAUGAAAGGGGAGGAGAUUCUAUUAAUCGACCACUAGUAAAUACUCUAAUAAAUAUGUUUAGUCAACUUAACAUUUAUACUCAAGGGUUUGAAUCACAAUUUCUCUCAGAAACUCGAGAUUAUUAUGAAGAAGAAGGAGAAAGACUUGUUGAAAAAUUAUCGGUAUCAAGUUAUAUUCAACAUGUUUCAAAGCGUUUAGAACAAGAACAUCAAAGAAUUGUAAAUUAUUUGGAAAAAAAAACAUCUACUCCCUUAUUUAAAGUUGUAGAAGAUGAAUUAAUAAGAAAACAUAUUGAUACCAUAUUAGCUAAAGGUUUUUCGGAUUUGAUGAAAGGAGAUAGAAAUUCACGGAAAAAUUCUAAAUCAAAGUUAGAAGAUUUAGAAGAAUUAUAUGAUCUUUUACAAAGAGUAAAUGCACUUGAUCGUUUACGUGUAUACUUUGGAAAUUAUAUAAAG